UUCCGCAGUUUUCUAAAAGAAUAGAGAGACAUUUCCACCGUACAGAAGCUUCAAACUCUGCAAAAAUUCGAAUCUCUGAAAGCUAAAUUCCCAUGGCGGUGGCAACAACAAGCGCCGGCAGCUACCUGAAAGCAAUUGAAGAGGUCUCGUCCUCCAGGCGACGCUUCAAUUGCAGUUAUGCCCCCAGAUUCUCAGCCAUGGCGCCAAGGAAGAAGGUGAACAAGUACGAUCCGAGCUGGAAAAAGGAUUGGUACGGCCCCGGGAUCUUCUACGAGGGCAGCGAAGACCAGGAAGUCGACGUGUUCAAGAAUCUGGAGAAGCGGAAGGUGCUGAGCACCGUCGAGAAGUCCGGCCUGCUGUCGAAGGCGGAGGAUUUGGGAGUCACUCUAUCGUCCAUCGAGAAAUUAGGGCUUCUGUCGAAGGCGGAGGACCUCGGACUCCUCAGCUUGCUUGAGAAGACAGCUGGCUCCUCGCCUUCCGCCUUGGCCUCCGCUUCCCUCCCGGCGCUGGUGGCCGCGGUGGCCGUCAUCGUGGUGAUUCCGGAUGACUCGCCGGCGCUGGUGGCGGCGCAGUUUCUAAUCGCCGGGCUGCUCGCGGCUGGGGCAGUAGCGCUGUUCGUUGGGUCGAUUGUGUUGGGAAGAUUGCAGGAGAACGAAUAGCAGGACUUUUGGUGGAAAAUUAAGUACAUGCUUCUUUCUCUGUUAGAUUUAUAAUGAUAAUCAACGAUGUGUGUUCAUA